AAAAUUCCACCAUCAUUGGCAGGCGCCAGCUACGCGGUGUUUCCCGCAGUUCGUUGAUCGUCUGCAAUUGUUAAUCUGUCCGCAGUUCAUUGUUCGGCGGCAAUUGUGAAUCUCUCCGGCAGCCUCCGACGUAAACUGCGAUAAUUAUUCUCUUUCUUUAGCUUCGGAUCGAAGGCAGAUUAUAUUACACUCCUACUGCAUUUUUUUUUUUGGCAUGUCUCAGGGAUUUCCAGCCUUUGUUCCGCAUUGGCUGGUGUUUGAAUUUGAGAGUGUCGAGCUGCGUUUGAGCCUUUUUUUCUCUUCUUCGGGUGCAAAUCCGAGUUUCUGAUUGUUUAAUAAGGGAAAGAAAGCAUAAUUUUCAAACGACAUUGUUAUUAUUCGCCUUCGCCGAAUUGUUUAUAUCGCUAGAAUUCCAACAUGGCUACGGUCUCCGGUGUAGUUUCGCGUCAAGUUUUGCCUGCUUGCGGGAAUCUUUGUUUUUUCUGCCCAUCACUGCGGGCAAGGUCGAGACAGCCUGUGAAGAGGUACAAGAAGCUGAUUGCUGACAUUUUCCCUCGUAACCAGGAGGAGGGGCCAAAUGACAGGAAAAUAGGAAAACUAUGUGAAUAUGCUGCCAAAAAUCCUUUACGCAUCCCAAAGAUUACAAAUGCCCUUGAACGAAAGUGUUACAAGGAACUGCGUAUUGAGAACUUCCAAGCAACAAAAAUAGUCAUGUGCAUUUACCAGAAAUUGCUGCUUUCAUGUAAAGAGCAAAUGCCAUUAUUUGCAAGUAGCUUGUUAAGUAUUAUUCACACUUUGCUGGAUCAAACGCGGCAAGAUGAGAUGAGAAUUAUAGGAUGUCAUACUCUCUUUGAUUUUGUAAAUAAUCAGAUUGAUGGGACUUACUUGUUCACUUUAGAAGGUUUUAUCCCAAAACUCUGUCAACUAGCAAGAGGUAGGGAUGAUGACAGGGGAAGAAAUUUACGUUCAGCUGGUUUGCAAGUCCUCUCAUCAAUGGUUUGGUUUAUGGGCGAACACUCCCACAUAUCGGUUGAGUUUGAUAGUAUUGUUUCUGUUGUCUUGGAAAAUUAUCAAUGUCACAAGAAAUCUUCAGAAAGUCUUGAUCCUGAGCAACACGGUCCUAAGAAUAUGUGGGUUCAAGAAGUGAUGAAAAAUGAUGGCCGCAAUUCUGCUUUGCCAGAUGUCAGAAUGAGAAUUCCACCCUGGAGUGAAAUAGUGGAUGAUAAAGGCAAAAUAAAUGUGACAAUGGAAGAUGCCAAGAAUCCAUGCUUUUGGUCUGGGGUUUGUCUAAACCAUAUGGCCAACUUAGCCAAAGAAGGCACUACUGUACGUCGUGUAAUGGAAUCUUUAUUCCGAUACUGUGAUAAUGGAAAUUCAUGGUCCAUGGCACAUGGCAUUGCCUUUUCCGUUUUAAAGGAUGUGCUACUUAUAAUGGACAAUAUGGGGAAAAAUUCACAUGUUUUACUGUCAAUGUUAGUUAAGCAUCUUGAUAAUAAAGUUGUCCUUAAACAACCCAACUUACAAUUAGACAUUGUUGAGGUGACUUCUUCCCUUGCAAAACAUACAAAGGCUCAACCGUCUGUGGCAAUAGUAGGUGCAUUAAGUGACCUAUUGAGGCUUUUGAGGAAGAGCAUACAAUGCUCGUUUGAGACAAAUCUAGAUGCUGACAUACUCAAUUGGAACAAGAAGUUCCGAGAAGCGGUGGAUGAAUGCCUUGUACAGUUAUCAAUCAAAGUUGGAGAAGCAGGACCAAUUCUUGAAGUUAUGGGUGUGAUGUUGGAGAACAUCUCAAGUAUUACAGCAAUGUCCAGGACCACAAUUUCUGCUGUUUAUCGAACUGCCCAAAUUGUAGCCUCCUUACCAAAUUUGUCCUACCAGAACAAGGGUUUCCCUGAGACAUUGUUUCAUCAGUUAGUCCUGGCUAUGGUCCACCCAGAUCAUGAAACACGAGUGGGAGCUCAUCGCAUCUUCUCUGUGGUUCUUGUACCAACAUCAGUUUUCCCUUGUCCAUGCUCGGCUGUUUCUUACUCUAGGAAGGCAUUGGUGGUUCCACGAACCAUCUCAAGAACAGUUUCUGUUUUCUCUUCUUCUGCUGCCUUGUUUGAAAAACUGAGGCAGGAGAAAUGUUCCUCAAGGGAAAAUCUUAGUUUCGAUGACAAAGAUGUCACUGCAGAAGAGGAGCAAACAGCUAACAACAAUAGUGGGAUCCUGGGCAGGUUGAAAUCAACCUACAGUCGAGUGUACAGUUCUGCGAGAGAUGAGAAUUUUGGAAAUACUGCCAACAUGAACUUGGAGGCUGUUUCCCUCAGGCUGAGGAGUCAUCAGAUAAACCUCUUGCUGUCAUCAAUUUGGGCACAGUCCAUCUCUCCUGGAAAUAUGCCCGGAAAUUAUGAAGCCAUUGCUCAUACAUACAGCUUGGUAUUGCUGUUUUCUAGAGAUAAGAAUUCUUUUCAUGAGAUACUGGUGCGGAGUUUUCAGUUGGCAUUUUCUUUGUGGAGUAUUUCUCUAAAGGAUGCAGGGAUGCUGCCACCAUCACAACGAAGAUCAAUAUUUACUUUGGCAAUUUCGAUGAUUCUGUUUUCUUCAAAAUCAUACAAUCUUGCUCCUGUUGUGCACAGUGCCAAGGCUGUGCUUACUGAGAAAAAUAUUGACCCUUUCCUCCAUAUGGUUGGAGAUCACAAGUUGGAGGCUGUCCACUCUGAGCCUGGCAAUCUGACCAUUAAUUAUGGGUCCAAAGAAGACAAUGAUAGGGCCCUAAACACCCUUGCAGAAUUGUCAACAACCAAGCACCAAACUCAGGAUUUCUUUGCUUCUGAAAUUAUUAGGAGCUUGGAGAGUUUGUCAAAACCUACAUUUUCCUCAAUAAGAGAGCAACUGCAGGAAGAAUUUUCCCCAGAUGAUUUGUGUCAAUUCGGAUCCCAAUUGACAGUUGGUUCGCCAAAACAGGAAGCUUCAAAAUUAUCAAUAGAAGACGACUUGAUUCCUGAUUUAUUUGAUAAUCAAACAAAGCACAACUUGGAUUUGACUGCAGAAGUCCCAAUUCUUUUGAGUGCUAAUCAACUUCUAGAAUCAGUUUUGGACGCGUUUGAACAAGUUGAGAGAAUUUCUGAAUCAGCUGUAUGCGAUGUGCCUUACAAGGAUAUGGCUCAUAACUGUGAGGCUCUUCUGAUGGGAAAGCAAUACAUGUCCAGCUUGAUGAGUCCCCACCAAAAGCCAGAAUGCUUGAUAGACUCCCCUUCACAAAAUCAUAACAAUCAACUGAUAAACACGGACUCCUCGCCCAACUUGGAUGUGAGUUCCCAGAAGAUGCAGGGGGACAACUCGUUCUUCGACAAGAAUUUGAGCGCGGACUUGCAAAAACCUCCUCCACGGCGGUGUACAGCCGAGUAUCAGAACCGUCCUUACUCCUUCCAUCUGCCGGCAUCAAGUCCAUAUGAUAACUUCUUAAAAGCUGCUGGUUGUUGAUCCUGAAAUUGGAGUAUAAACUAUGUUCUUGGAAGGUUAAGGUUAGACGAGAAAGCAUACUCAAUCGGGCAGUUGAUCGGCCAAUCAUAAGGCUUCUAAGCAGUCUGGAAUUGGUGGGUUCAAGACCCAGCUAUCUCUGAUAAUGGCGAAGCGUUGCUCCAACUUUGUGUGUUUAAUUCUUUAUUCUUUUUUACGGCUUCUACUCACAGCUGAGUAGGCUUCGUGCGUCGUUGUGAUUGUGGAGUAAUUUAUUCGCUUUCUUGCUUCGAUGUACAUAACAGACACUGCAGGGUUUUUGACAACUUUAGCUUUUAACAAGAAUUUAGCUGCCCCGCGCCUGUCAAGAGUUAUUCUAUUAUUUUAAACA